AAAAAUAAGCAUAUCGCGACCAAAACUGAACGAUAACGCCAAGCAGAGGUGGAACUCAUUUCCCUACCCUCUUCAGACAGCGGCGAAUAGUAUACAAAGUAGUACACACUCUAGAAGCAAAGAAAACGCUUCAAAUAAAUUAAAGAUACAGGUAGACGGGGUGAAAUGUUCGGUGUACCACGAGCACAUGAUGGCCACUGACACAUUGAAAAACGAACACCACGAUAAGGUGACAGAUGUAGGGAUGCAAAAUCCCUCCACUUUUUGUUCAACCUUCUCAUUAAUGAAACGAUAUAACGGGGAUAGAUGGUCAAAGUGGUUGGAGCGCGAAAUUGCUGACCGGAAGGUCCGUGGUUCGAACCCGACCUCUUCCUCUCGACUUCCUCUGUCUAGGUUUGGGCAACCUGGCACAGGGCUGGCAAACGAAAACAGGCUACUGCUGACGCCUCCCUUCUUUCUCUUUCACAUACUUUUUCUUCCCCCUCUAUACAACCCACUAUUAACAUCACUUAAAACAAAUGACUCCGUUUUUCCUGCGUCGGUUUUGCAAGCAACAUCUGCGCGUCAUCCAGCGCCGACAUCCUCAGACAUCUCGAAAUCAAACUUCAAGGUUCGACGCCCUGUCUAUCUGGUCGCCUUCAAUGUGCGCACUCUGAAGCAAGCAAGACAACAAGCUGCCACUGCUCUCACCUACGGAAGUGAAGCAUCAGUGCUGAACACCAAUGUCGUGCUGUCCAUGAUGAUAAUGAUGACACUUCGUCAAUCCUUAGGCCCUUCAUUAUUUGGCAUUGAGAGAUCUGUGUGUGGUAUCUUAAUCUCGUUAUCCAAAUCACCAUUAUCGUCAUUGUGCCUGUCGAGUUCUGGAAGGUUUUCUACCAUCUCAACGAGACCCUGGCGGGCUACAGAGACGCGUAAGAAACAUGUGGAGUUACAGCAGAAUAAGAACAGCUCAACUGGGUGGCAACGCUCCAGUCUCAAAGAAGAUGGUAUCAUUCUCACAUUGAGUGUUGAUCCGGGCUUUAUAUGUGCGGGUGUCUAUUCGCAUUUUGCAGAUGAAGAUGACAACUCAACUGCUGGUAUGAAGUUGACAAACAAUGUACCAAUCCCAGCAAAUAAACGAAAGACCAGCAAAUUGAAACCAAACUGUCAAGCGAAGAAAAAGCUCAUAUCUGUCUACCUGUAUAUGGCGAAUAAAAACAAAACAACAAAUACAACAAUAGUCUUUACACUGCACACCUCAACCGUAUCGAGAAUUUCGGACGGAAUUGCAACCACAGUCUGGUCUGGCACACAAAAAUCAAUGAAGCGACGAGGUCAGAUCAGCGUAUCUGCACCAUUGGAUGAGUUACAGCAGAAUUGUCAAGCUCCGUGGUUCGAACUAACCUCUGCCUAUCGACUUCCCCUGUGUAGGCUAAGGCAACCUGACAGUGUCCCAGCCCUCGUGCCUUCUUCGGGUGGCAUGGCAGCUAGGCACCGAAAGGGUGAUACAGCUACAGUGGUUACAAAACACGAAACAGCUAGAGGAACAGAAAAAACGCACCAAUAUUGCGAAGUUAUUGUUUUACAAAACACGGAGAAGUCAUUUGGUCCAGUUGGAAUACUCUUUCGGUGCUUGAGUGCCAUGCCACCCAAAGUAAGCACAAUAGUCGAGAUGCUGUCAGGCUGCCGAAGCCUAGACAACAGUAAUCGGGAUACAGAUGUCGGAUUCGAACUACGGAGCGGUUUGGCUCCAGAACUUCAACGAGACAUGCCAUCGCCACCGACUAGCGGAAUACCAUUCUGGGUAGAGGGAUGCAGCGAUGAUCCUACUACUUGCUACCGUGCAGUCGCAUCCGGCUGUAGAGAAAAUCGUUCAGCUGUAGUACCCUUUUGGUGCCUAACUGCCAUGCCACCAGAAGGAAGCACGAGGGCUGGGAUACUACCAGGUUGUCCAAGCCUAGACAGGGACCCAGGCCUGUACAUGAAAUGGGAGUGCAUUCCCGUAAAAAAAGCGAGACUCUGUACUCGUACCAACUUUGGGAGUUCACGACCAUGCCACUUCACUACUGAGACUAGCUCAUCAAUGCAGAGUAAUCUGGUCAGUAGGUA